UAGAUGUCAUGAUGCGGGUGAGAUCAGGCGUUCCCGUCCCCGCGCAUGCGCAGUGUGCUUGGUGUUGUCCGCCAAGUCGUCAAGAAGCAUCUCUGUUGUCGUCGUCCCGCGGGCAACUGCAUCAAAACACCGGGACAACACCCGGGACAAGAUGUCUCACACUGUCUAUGACUUUGUGUACCACUCUGACCACGCCCUCGACUUCUCUGACCUCUCCUUCCAAGUCCCUGGUGCCACCCCUGAGCUGCACCCGACCUGCCACUGUUGAACCAAAGCGUCAACACUUUGGGCACUCACCUUAGUUCCAACCGUGUACCUUCUCCGCCAUGGACGGCCCACCCAAGCUGUCCGGCGAGACCCUGAUUGUGCACCAUAUCCCCUUGAUGCACUGCCAGGUGUCGGGGCGGCGGCAGAGGGGCUGUGGUGUCGGGACUGGCUCCUUGAAGAGGACCAACCCAUUUAGCCCCCUGGAGAACUUGGGUCUGAGUCGCACCACUUCCCUCCCUGAGAGGGACAUCCUCCAGAGGGAAGCGUUGCUCUAUAGCAGCCUGAUCCAGACUUCCACCCACAACGUAGGACCAGAGAGGCAGGAUGGCGGUGGCGGCAGCACAGCCAGCAACGACUCCUCGUUCACUUCCAGCAUCUCCGACGAGCAACUGGUGGCAGCCCACACUUUACCCCGUAUCAAGACCAGGAGCCACCAACCGCUACGCCGGAACCCCUUCCUGAUCAAGACCGACGAUGAGGAGGAGGACGACGAUGAUGACGGCAACCUGAGCGGCUACCACGAAGACUCCUCCUUCCACCUACAUAGCCACACCACCACGGUGUCCUUCCACUUGCAUGACCUGGGCUUCGCCCCUGAGGCACGCAAUCGGAACGGCGCGACCAGGGACUUGGACCCACCGGAGCUGGGCUGGCGGCACGGCAGCAGUGGCUCCAACAUGUCGGUGGACUGUGGCGAGCACGAGUGGGAGGACGAUGAGGACGGAGAUCAUCCCAUGCCAUGCACCCGGAGCAGCAAGAUGGGCUCCUACUCCUCUGGGUUAUCCGCGCAGCACUGCUCCUGCUGCACCCAAGCCCAGAACCUCUCCCUGGACUUCCCCCAGGACUUCCCCAACACCUUCCCUGAAUGUCCUCAGGGCUACAGCAGCGAUUCAUCAUGCAACAGCUCAGACGGCGUGCUGGUCAACUUCAGCACCAUUUACAGCAAGAUGAACAACAGUGUCCCUGAGAAGCAAGGCAACCUGAACAGCCCAGCCGAGCACCCCCCGACGGUUGACCAGCGGGACCCGACGGGGGGGGUGUUUUAUUUGGACCUCCUCACCUCGCCCUCAGAGCCUCCGCUAGCCUUCCCACUCGGCCGAGAGCCUCCAGUGUCCGCCUUCUCUGCCAACUCCUGCUCGACAGAGCACCAGGCUGCCCUCGAGCUGGACGCCAACUGCAACUCCUACUGUCCGCCGUCUUGCGUGUCUGCGGGCGGGGCAAUGUCCUGCCUUCAGAGUGAGGCCCGCCUGGUGGUGGCCACCCAGAAUUACUACAAGUUGGUCACCUGUGACCUGUCUUCCCAGUCGUCACCCAGCCCGGCCGGAUCGUCGGUCCACAGCGGCUCUGAGGAGCAUAGCAGGGGCAGCCCCCCCAGCCCCACGCAGCCCAGUGAGUACUUCCUGUUCCGGCAGAGAGCCAACCAGGAAGUGGAAGAUGAGGGGGAGGAUGAAGAGUCAACAAGGCGUCAUCUGGCUGCUAAAGAUGAUGAGGAUGAGGACGAGAACGCGGUCGGUGACCCAGACGCCCCUCCCGUGCUCCUCCAGGGCCAAGUGUAUGUCAAUAUGUCUCCCCCACUGGUCAACCAGGGCGCCCCGGAGGCCGCCGCCGGCCGGCCGCGUUCCCGCAGCUACGACCGCAACCUGGACAAAUCGCCGGGGCCCCGCCUGGGCUCGCUGGAGCGCAUGCUCAGCUGCCCCGUGCGCCUCAGCGAGGGGGCCGGCGCCCUAGCCGCGCCGCCCCCGCCUCGGGUCACCUCCUUCGCAGAGAUCGCUCGCAGCAAGCGGCGGCACGGCGGGUCGCCGUCCCUCAAGGCGGACCCCUUCUCUUCCACUGAGUUUUCACCCAUCCACGAGAGUAACGCUGCCUCGAAAGCGCCCACUGCAGCCUGUUGCGGCCAAGAUGCGGCCAGGGAGAGCGACGCAGAAGGUGGCCCCUCCAGCUCGUCUGACAUUCAUCCAGCCGUGGUGCGCUACAGCAAAGACCAACGGCCCACCACCCUCCCCAUCCAGCCCUUCACCUUCCACCACCAGCUGGCCUCCAAGCCCCCCCAGCCCAAGCCCCUGCUCCCCCUGCUGACUGGCUACGUGUCCGGCAUGCAGGCACGCUCCAACUCCAACUCCGGCAAUGAGGAAGAGGAGAGCGAGGACGCUGCUGGAAACGAGCACCAUCAGGGCGGUGUAAACAGAGCGGCGGCUCCCCCUGGGUCUGUACGCCCAUCACCCCUGGGGAGUUACUCCCCGGUGCACCUUCAAGAGGAGGCCGCCAGCUCCAGGACCUGCUCCACAUGCACCCCGAGCCCCCCUCCGCCUCCGCAUAACAACCUCUCCUGCUGCCCUCAGAGCACCGCCCACACAGGGCCACUGCUGCCCCACACCCCUCCCCCCGCCAGCCUGGGUGUGAAGAGGGGGAUGAUGCCGCCCACCCUGCCUCCUGUACACCGGGACACUCUUAGCCCGCUGGGGUGUGUCAAGGCUGGGUGCCUCGUGGAGGGAAGCAAAGCGGCCAGGAUGCAGAAUGCAUACCACCUUUCCCCUCAGGCCCUGAAGUGGCGGGAAUACCGACGUCAGAACCCUCUUGGUGGGGAGAGAGUAGCUAGCGUCUCUGCUUCGUCGGAUUCUCACUGUCCUCCCCGAAAAAACGUCUUCGAUUUCCCUUCGGCUCCCCCCAGCCAACCGACAGGACCCCAUCAUGUCAGGCAAAUGCAGCAGAGUUACGGCAACUUCUUACCGGAUUACUUUUCUUUGACUGAGAGGCCGCCAGAGGAGUUCUGCCUCUCUCCUGAUGCUUCCACAGCAUCAUCCUUGUGCUUUUCCUCCGGCUCACAGUCCCACGUCUGCGUCGACAUGACGCACAAAAGAGGAUUGGUGAAGGCUGUCAACACAGCAGUCGAUCUAAUCGUGGCUCACUUUGGCACUAAUCGAGACCCUGAUGUUAAAGCUAAACUCGGCAACAGCUGGGUGAGUCCCAACGUGGGUCACCUGAUCCUGAAGUACUUAUGUCCAGCGCUGUACGAGGUUUUGCAGGACGGACUCAAGGCCUAUGUGCUGGACCUGAUCAUCGGACAGCGCCGCUGUCAGCCCUGGAGCCUGGUGGAAGCCUCCACGCAGCUCGGCCCAUCUACACGUGUCCUCCACAACCUGCUGACGAAGGUGAGCCAGUUCUCAGAGCUGACGAACCACAGCAUGAGACUCAAUGCCUUCAUCUUUGGCCUCCUCAACCUCAAGUCUUUGGAGUUCUGGUUUAGUCAUCUCUUGACACAUGAAGACAUCAUAGCCGCCCACUACAAUGCGUGGGGCCUGGUCCCACUGGCUCAGGGUGCAUGUCAGCAGCUGUUCAGCGAACUCCUCCUUUUGCUGCAACCCCUCUCACUCCUCCCAUUCGAUCUGGACCUCUUGUUCGAACCCCGGCUCCUGGCGACGGGGCGCGAGCAGCAGAGACGCCGCAAGGAGCUGCUAUGUUCAGCGAGACAGUCCACCACCCACUCCACCCUGCAGCUGAUGAGGGGUUGGGGCGCUGCCGUCGGGGACAUGGUAGCCGGGAAGGAGAGGGUGCCUCUGGGGCGGGAGGAGACGUGGCCCAGGACAGAAGUUUUCAGAAGGGAGAGUAUCCCUGUGGGAGGUGGUCACGGGUCCAAGGAAAGAGGGACAGGUGGCCAGAGGAUGAAAGGAGUGGGUCAAGGAAUUGAGGAAAAAGACGUAGGGAAGGACACCCUGGGGAAGGACCCCACAAGGACGGACGAGGGGCGGCAGCGUCAGGACCGUCAGGCUGGGUGGUGGUACCAGCUCAUGCAGUCAUCCCAAGUCUACAUUGACCAAUCCACAGAGGGUUCCAAGUUUGUCAAGGCAGACAAGCGCAGGACGUCGGCUGAGCGUCGCCCCUGCCGACUGCCGCUUGCCAGAGAGGGUGUGGUGGACGGCGCCGAGUCUGGAUCUGAGGGGCGGCCCUCGUGGAUGGGAAGUCCGCCCGAGUCGGUCCUCAAUCAGGAGGCGACGGUGGGCAGCAGUCCGGUAAUCAAAGACCGGCCGGAGAUUGCUGUCCAGAGGCAAGGGCUGCGCUGGGGGCGGCUCUUCGGAUCCAGUGUUGGGUCUCCGACCAAGAUAGACGGGAGUGAACUGAGGGCGAAAGCUCAGAAGAGCAGGCAGCCGUCGGGCUGGCUCGGCCUGGACUCGUCGGUUUUGGGCCUGAUGGCACAGACAAUCGGAGCUGGAGGCAUGAAAAAGGUAGAGCCUGUGAGCGCCAACCCUCGUACUGUGGCAGCUUCACCCAACGAGACCCGACCCAACGAGACCAAAUUCUCAACAUGCGAAGUGCGAGCGCUGUGCCACCACAUCGCCACCGAGGCAGGACAGCUCAGCUUCAACAAGGGUGACGUCCUGCGGGUGCUGAGCAAAGCUGAUGCAGAAUGGCUUCUCUGCUCUACGGGCGCCUCUCAAGGCCUGGUGCCCAUCGUCUAUGUCUCGCUCUGCAGCAUGGAGGAGAGCCAGGAUUGCGGCAGCGGUGAAGGUGGUUCAGACAGGGGCUGCAGUGGCAAUGGUGACAUCGGCCAGGGUGGCGGCUGCAGUGGCAGUGGCGGCUCUAAUGGAGGUGGUGGUGCCUGCGGAGCUGGAAACAGGAAGUGAUCACCACCCUAUUCCAGACAAAGCCUCCAUUGAGACACGUGAGCAUGCAAAUAUAACCAAAACCUAAAGACACUCCCACACCAACUGGACCUGUCAUGGUGCCGCUAUUAUUAUUAUUGUAACUAUUAAUACACCAGGUUGGACUUGCUGUCAAUCACUUCCGUGUGUGUAGGUGUGAGGGGCCAGCAUGUGAUGUUACAGACUGAGGCUGCUGUACUCCGUCUAGCCACUAAAGAACGCAGCAGUGUUAUAGCAAGGAUGGUCGUCCAAUAGAUUGAGCGGUUGUCGAUUAAUCGUGUCUCGAAUCAAUGGAGUCAAAUGGAAAUGAAUUGUAAUGGCUCCAUCAAGGAAACAUAGUAGAAUGUCCAUCCCUACUUGGUAUAACAAUACAACAUACUUCCUGUAACUUCACUGGAGUCAGCCCACGUAGCUUAGCAUGCUUCACAAAAAAAAUUGUUGCGCUAGCUCCCUGCGGCGGCUUGGGGUGCUAAUUGCUACUAUCAGAUAUUUACCUGGCAAUUCUUCAAGAAUUGUUUGAAUGUUUUUUUAGCACUUCAGAAGUGAGCAUCCAAGCAUAUUAACAUUAGUGCUUUAGCGACAAGGCAGAACCGCUAAUGUCGAAAUGCCACCAAAGUCAUGGGAAUUUUGGAGGUUGGAGAGGAAAAUCCCGGAAGUUACGUGAAGUUCAAAAAUUAUUAGCAACAUUAGCUAACCUGUUUUUAGAACAUUAAAAAAUUAAUGUUUACUCCACAUUUUUAAAAUGUAUUUCUUAUUUUUACGCUUGUGAAAUGCUAACACAUAACUCCAAAAUAUUGCACAGUUGAAAGUUUGACCCAGGGACAGUUUGUUUCACUUAAAUUGACGUUGGCGUUUCCACUGUCUUCUCCUGUCUUAGCUCCUGACUGGUCGACCGGUUGUCACGGUAACAGCUCGAGGUAAUUAUUAGUGAGCUAGCUUCCAUAAAAAAGGGACUUUUGCACUGUUUGGACACUUUAUUGACAACGUUAGCCUAUUUGCUUGCUUUCCUUGUACAGUUGAAACUAUUAAAUAAUGCCAACGUGGAUUCAAGUGUAAAUAUGUCAUUAUUCAGGAAGUGGUAGAAGGCAACACUUGUUGGUGAUUGGUGACUUUGUCUUGGCCCCACCUCCUGUCUGUAAAUACCUUCUUCUUCUUACAUGUAUGUACGAUGCUAACCGGCUAAUGUGGCUAACUAAAGUGCUCUUGUGACCAUGCGA